ACGUGGUAAUUACUUUUUUCAACAAGUGCACCUUCAUCACUCUUAGUUCAAUCAGGGGCAAGAAUCACACUGCCUUGCCCAGACAACAACAUGGAUGGUAGGCACGAACUAGCAAGAGUUGUCUGUCUUGGCCUGUGCAUAUUCGCGAUAUUUGCUCAAGAGCCAUGUUCGAGGAGCGUAGAUAUCGCUAUUGUUGGAGCCGGCCCUGCUGGAUCCUACUCUGCGUACAAGCUGAGGAACAAAAACUUGAACAUUGAGCUGUUCGAGUUCUCAAACCGCGUGGGUGGACGUCUGUACACCGCCACACUGUCCGGCAUGUCGGACGUCCUGCUGGAAAUGGGUGGGAUGCGAUUCUACAAAGAAGUGCACUCCACCGUGUUUCAGCUAAUGGAUGAAUUAGGCCUGUCGUACGGUCCUUUCAAUGAGAUCCGCUCCAAUUUGUCAGACGCGAGGUACUACAUCCGAGGAAACAGCCUGACCUACAAAGAAAUGCUCAGCGAAAGUGUCCCGUUUCAACUGAGUCCAGAGGAGAAGGCUAAUCAGGGGAGACUAGUGAGGUACUAUCUGGAGAAGCUGACUGGUUUCAAUGGUGAUGAGUUGACAGAGGAGAUUCUUGAAUCACUUAAUACCACUAGUGGCAGGAAGCUUUACGAAAUACCCCCAAGUGAAGCCCUGGUUGGUAUUGCCACACCCGAUGGGAAAGAGAUGGUAAAAGCUUUGAGUAAAUUUGAAAGCCUGGUGGAUCUGGACUGCUCACUUUGUAUAUGGGAAACAGAACUAUACCAUGACAAGGAGAUUUCCACCGUACGCCUAGGGAUGUCGUCCAUACCUCGACGCUUGACCCGGAAGUUUUUGAAGACAAACGACAAACAUAAACUGACCUACAAUCGACGGCUGAUGUCUGUAUCUGACAGACAGUCUGAUGGCUACCAUCUUUUAUUCCAGCAUACGGAGACCGCCGAUGGUGUUACUACGAACUUGCCCACGAACGAGACAGUAUGUGCUCAAAAAGUUGUCCUGGCCUUGCCGAAAUUCGCUCUUCAAAAAAUUAAUUGGAGUCCUCUCAGAGAGCAGAAAUAUAUUGAUCAUCUGAAUUCUGUUCGUCUUGUCUUCUUGAGUAAAGUAUUUCUAACUUACCCAACGCCUUGGUGGAGGACCCUAGCCACCAACAAAGCCAACGUGACCUACUCAGAUCUCCACUUUAGCCAGUUUUUCGACUGGGGUCGCUCGAAUGAAUCGGGAGAAUACGUGAUGAUGGCCAGCUACGCUGACCACUCCAAAACCGAAUUCCUAGCCAAACUUAACGCCAACGGACCCUUAGUGAACGGAUCGGAACCAGGGGACGGCAAGGUCUCCCAAGAAUUACUGGACACCAUCAUUGACGAGCUGACCCAGGCGUUUAACAUCAACCGCAAUGACAUCCCCGAGCCUAUAAGAGCCUUCUCAAAGUUUUGGAACUCUGACCCCUUCGGGGGAGCCGUCGCGCUCUGGAGGGCUGGGUAUCGCUACGAAGAUGUCAUCCCGGUCGUUCAGAGACCAUCAGAGCAGGACGAGGUGUACGUGGUGGGGUCUGAUUUCUCCAAGCAUCACCGAGUUCUUUGGACGGAAGGGGCAUUGUCGACUGUGGACAGAAUGAUAGAAAAUUACGUCUGGUAACCUCAGAGUGUUAACUUGCAUUGAGCGACAAAAUUAAAUUAUGAUAAAAUUA